AUGCCAAGAUUCAAAGAAGGUCGAACUUGGGACUUAUUCAACGACGUAUCUGUAAACUUCUUUCGACUCGUGAAAGAAGUCCUUUUGUUAAGACGGAAGAUCGUCUCAGAAAGGCAAGCCAUCCACUUCCUCCGCCGAUGUUUACGAUGUCACGUGAUACCUUCACUUCAUCACAAAGAAACACCUACAAGAAACAUGCGGACUCAGAAAAGAAAGCCGGCAACUGCAAGAGAUCGAAACCCGCAUCUUGAGAGCGGCAUUGAAGACCAAACAAGACCAUAUGUUUUCUAUGCUGACCAAAUGUGUGUUCAAAGAACAGUGUUGUCAACGCGUGGUGCCGGACGUUCUUUGGAGGAGAAUCGUGGGUAA